UUUGUCGGGGCUGAACGCAGCCCUGAACUUUUCAGGACGGUAGCUCUCCAGGAGCGGGGUUGGAGACUCCUGAAAUAUACACAAGUAUUGAAAUAUAUGCCACACACACCGAUCGGACUGAGCGGCGUCGUAAGAAGUCGAACAAGCCUUUUCUGUUGAGUUUCAGCGGCCGGCCCACCCCCCUCUAUACUGUCCUCGGUGGUUUAUUCUAAUUUAUCAACGGUUCUCCCCUCUGUUUUGUCGUCAGUGGUUCAGUCUGUUGUUUCAGCACGGCGCGUUUGUUUCGCGGUUUAUUUUAGUGUUUUUCUCCGGCGCUACGUUAAAUUUUCUGCAAUAUGUCUGUGGCUUUCGCUCCGCACCGGCAACGCGCCAAGGGCGACAUAACGCCCGCGGGAAUACAGAAGUUGCUGGAUGAAAACAAUCAACUGAUUCAAUGCAUCAUGGACUUUCAGAGUAAAGGAAAAACAGCCGAAUGCUCACACUACCAACAGAUGCUUCACAGAAAUCUAGUGUAUCUGGCCACGAUAGCAGACUCCAAUCAGAACAUGCAGUCUCUUCUGCCCGCUCCGCCCACUCAGAACAUGCCCAUGAGUCAGAGCGGAGCCCCCCCGCAGCCACCUCACGGUCACAGUAUGCCCUCUGAUGGCCCGUCCGUCCCACACAUGCAGAACCAGAUGAAUGGGCAGAUACCGGGUCCCAACCAAAUGUCCAUGCAGGGACCCGGGUCCAACCAGUCACCCAGCAUACCCAGUGGCUCCAUGAACAUGCCACCUAGCAGCCACGGCUCCAUGGGGGCGUAUAACCACGCUGCGCCCACCUCGCAGGGCAUACCGUCACAGGGCCAGAUGAAUAUUAGCCAGGGCCAGUCCAUGGGCAGUUACGGCCCACGUCCCAACAUAAACAUGCAGCCCACUCCAGGGCCCAUGAUGCACCAGCAGGCGCCCUCCCAGCAGUACAACAUGCCUGCCGCUGGUGGAGGUGGGCAACAUUACCAGGGCCAGCAGAACCCCUUGAGCAUGAUGGGUCAAGGCAAUCAUGUUAUUGGGCAGAGGCCCAUGCCGCCCUACAGACCCCCACAUCAAGGACCUCCACAGCAGUACUCGGGUCAGGAGGAAUACUACGCAGAGCAAUACAGCCAUGGAGGACAGGGGGCACCAGAAGGAAACUCACAGUAUGGGCAGCAGCAGGAGGCGUAUCAGCAGGGUCCACCCCAGCAGCAGGGUUACCCUCCACAACAGCAGUACGCUGGACAGCAGGGUUACCCCCCACAGCAGCAGGGUUACGGUCCGUCUCAGAGCACUCCAGGUCAGUACCCAAACUACCCCCAGGGUCAAGGGCAGCAGUAUGCGGCCUACAGACCACCACAGCCCGGACCACCGCAGGGACAGCCACAGCGUCCAUAUGCAUUUGACCAGAUCAAGUAGAGGAAAAAAGUAUGGAAUCAUCAGCAAAAGUAAAUGCAAUUAGUACUUAGUUGCUCCUCCUCUGGCUUUUAUGACUGCCUGAAUUCUUUGAGGCAUGGACUUCACUAAUGAAAACAAUAUUCCCCGUCAAUCUGGUUCCAACGUUCUCGAAUAGCAGCUGACAGAUCAGCUUUGCAGGAUGGAGCCUUUUCAUGGACAAGUGUUUUUCAUUUCCACCAUACAUUUUCAAUCGGAUUGAGAUCCGGACUGUUUGCUGGCCGUGUCAUUGAGUUGAUUUGCCUUUCCUGAAGAAAAGCUUUAACACUCUUUGCUCUGUGGCAAGAUGCAUUGUCAUCCUGAAAAAUGACAUCAUCAUCACCAAAUUUCUCUUCCAUGGAUGGGAUGAGAAAAGUGUCCAAAAUUUCAAUGUACACCUGUGCAUUGACUGUUGAGGUAAUGACUGCCAUCUCCCCUCGUCCUUUACCUGACAUGCACCAUAUCAUAAAUGGUUUUCUCCAGGCAGUCAUCUUUAUAUGUUUCAUUAGAACGGCACCAGACAACAGUUCCAGCGUCAUCCCUUGGCCAAUGCAGAUUCGUGAUUCAUCACUGAAUAUCACUUUCAUCCAAUCCUCCACACUCCAUGAUUGCUUCUCCUUAGCCCACUGUAACUUUGUUUUCUUCGGUUUUGGUGUUAGUGCUGGUUUUUGUUUGGCUUUUUUAUAUUUAAAUCCCGUUUCAUUCAGCCAGUUUCUUACAGUUCUGUCACAAACAUUGACUCCUGUUUCCGCCCAUUUGUUUUUCAUUUGUUUUGUUGUGCAUUUUCAGUUUUCAAGGCAUAUUGCUUUGAGUUUUCUGUCCUGACGCUUUGACGUCUUCCUUGAUCUGCCUGUAUGUUUUCCUUUUAUAACCUUCCCAUUCAGGUUUAUACUUGCACCAAAUUUUAGACACAGCUGAUUGAGAGCAACCAACUUCUCUGGCCACACUCCGUGUUGAAAUUCCUUGUUGAAUGAGAUUUAUAAUACUUUCCGCUGUUUCAACUGACAACUCUUUUGUUGGAGCCAUGUUUCCUUUCAAUUAGCCACGUCCAACAGCUCAGUAAGGUGUGUAAGCACUCCCUUUUAACUGAUGACUAAUUAGCAUUUUUAGACUUGUCCUAGUAUGUGUUUUAGAAACGAGAAGUAAAGCUGAUUCCAUAAUUUUUUCCUUUACUUGAUCUGUAAAACAUGGACUUUAAACAUGCCUUCAACAAAAUCACUUACUUUUUUUAUUAAUAGCAUGAGUAAAGUGACAUUAAAAUAUGUGUUCUGAGUUUGUCACGCAACAGAAAAGUGUGUUAUUAACCACCCAGCCAAAUUUGAAUGGAGAAAAAAAACAUCCAAGUAAAUAAAAUAAGUGAUCAAAAAGUUGGAAAAAUAAGCAGGAUUUCUCUGCUCUCAAACGCUGGGGGCGUGUCCGCUGUUGGUGCUGAAGCCACGCCCACUCGCAGCGCUCAACCCGAGUCCCCAGCCCAGUAGGCUAUAUGUGAAUUAUGUGAAUGUUUUAUGGGAGGAUUUGAAUUCAAACACGCACAAUAUUCAUCAAUAGAUAAUUCAUGAGCAGGUUUAGAGGUAUGCGUGCUGUCAGAGGAGAGGGCUCAGAGCCCGGCAGUUUCUUCCAAACUCGGAGUAACGUUACUCCCCCCCCGUCCGGCGAGAAGGCCCCGAGCCCGGUAUUAGCCCGAACCAAGAGCGCGUUGUUGUUACAAAUAGCAGCCGGCAAUGUUCAAAGACAGCAUUUGUGCAUGGAGGCAGUUUAGAGAGACGGGCUUCAUAGGCAGCGUAACGGAAGUCUAUUUGAAUUAUAAAGAGAGAGCGUCUUUGCUAUAACCAAUCACAUAUUUAUCAACUACAAUACUAAUUUCUCACUAGAAAUGCAAUCAGAAGUUAUUGAAAGUAAAAUUAAACUUACAUUUAUACAAAACUAUGCUCCAUGGGCGUUUCCACCGCCAUUUAAUUUUUUUGAGCCAGAACCUUCUCGACCAAUCACGUUCCGCGCAUGUUGUUAUGGAAACGACAGGUCUCUGUCAUUGGUUAGCUGUGAAAAAGGUGCUUGACAGGGCGUUUGCAGAAAAAGACACUGGCGUUUUAAAAAGUGCUCAGGACUUUUUUAAAAACACGGUUUAAUCCAUAGGAUUAUAAUGUAAAACAGAUGCUAGCAGCUUCAAAGAGAGGUCAAGUGUGAACAUGGGCAUGGCCUAAAACAGCUUUGUCUGAUGGUGAACCAGCCGGGUGGAUUAUCUGCUCGCGCUCAUCUUGAAAUUGAAUUAAACAUCAUUCACUAAAGCACGUCGCGAGUGAUCCUCCUUCCGUUCGCGUUAUUCUCCUCCCCCGUUUUAGCCCUGCCCAAAAAAUCCUGAAAAGAGAAUUGGUGAAAGUGUUUAAUGGUUUAACUCCACAAUUCAGUACUACAUACUUCUGAGUCUUUCAGCAAUGCAUUUCUAACAUCUAUUAUGUGUUUAGAAACAAUUCUCAGAAUUCUCUUUACCUGGACUUUAAUGAAGCCAGAAUGUUAAGCUAUUUAACAAAAUCUUUUUGUCAUAUCUGUGAUUUUUUUUUUUCUUUUUUUUUUUUCUGUCUGCUAUAAGGUAAAAAAAGCUCGAUGAACAUCAUGUAAGUGUGUUGAUUCCAUAAUUUUUGCCAGAGGUUGUAUGAACUGUGAUCUCUUUAUGUUGAAAUGUUUCAGUAUAACCUUUGCUUUAAAAAAAAGUGUUUUUUGGGGUUGUUGUGUGUAGUCUGGUGCCGUAAAAGAGUAGUUAACAUCACAUUAACUACGGAUGAUGUAGUGUAACAAUUGUUGAUUUUCCUUUUACUGACUUAGUUACAACGGGUGCGCGUGUGUGCGCGUGUGUGCGCGUGUGUGCGUGUGUGUGUGUGUGUGUGUGUGUGUGUGGUGUGUGUGGGGUGUGU